UUUACUAGGCUUAUAAAGCUACCAGACAACACCCUCCUCUCUCAGCCCAUUGUACACUCAAAAAAGCUCUCUCUCCCAAGUCCAUAUCUCUAUUCAAACCUUAUAUUAUUACAUAUCGCUCUCAGUUUACUAUUUGCUCGCUCGUACCUAUCUCCCUCCUCUGUACUCACUCUCUCACUCCUUUUAACUGCAUACAAACCACUCACCACCAUCUCCAUCCCAACUACUUCAACUAUAUUUUCUCUCACUACCCAUUUCAUCUUCUCUCAAUUUCAAGCAAUAUAGAGAGAGAAAGUUUGAUCGAGAAGGGAUGCACAGGUGCAGUAGUUCUUCUCAUGGCGGCAACAUGGUGGGACCAUGUGGAUGUGGUUUGUAUCACAGUCCAACCAAUUGUUUCUCAAUGCUGUUCUCCAUGCCUCAUGAAGAGAAUAUCUACCCAUUUACAAGCUCCCCUUCUUCUUCUUCUCCUUCUGUUGAUUGUACUCUUUCGCUCGGAACUCCGUCGACUCGUUUAACCACCAAUGACAAUGAUAACAAACGCUCUGGCUCUAAUUCUUGCAUGCCUAACUUUUAUUGGGACAUUUUACAGUCCAAAACUACCAGUACCACUAAUUCACACUCUCCAACUACCCCUCAUAAGUCCAGCCGCGGAAGCUGCGGCGGCGGCGGCGGCAGCAACUCCGGUGGUGGCGGCAGCAGCGAUCCCCUCCUCGCCCGGCGGUGUGCUAACUGCGACACCACUUCCACACCCCUCUGGAGGAACGGCCCAAGAGGCCCAAAGUCUCUUUGCAAUGCUUGUGGAAUUCGAUUCAAGAAGGAGGAGAGGAGAGCCAAUGCAGCUGCAAUAGCCGCCAACGGUGGCGGAGCUGCAUCAGGAAUGAUGGAGGCGCAACACAUGAUGGGACACCACAACAGUUCAUGGGUUCACCAUUCACAGGCCCAAAAGAUGAACUGUCUCUCUCCGGGGAUCGGAAACGAGUUCCGGUUCAUGGAGGACGACGACCGCGACACCACCGACACCACCACCGGAGGCAUUCCGUUCCUCUCUUGGCGCCUUAACGUCCCGGACAGGCCGAGUCUGGUCCAUGAUUUCACCAGAUAAAAAAAGAACUAGUCUAGUGCACAAGCCUUCGGGUCAAGAUGUUGGUUGUUUUGGGUUCAUCAUAUUCUUUUCUUGAGGAGUUUCCUUUUGUAUCCAUCUUACAUAGAUGGAGUGAAAAUGGGAUAAUUCUAUGUUGUUUAGUUGCUUUUCUUUAGUUCUUUAACUUUUCACUUUGCGUAUAUCUAUAUAUCACCUUUUUCUGCUA